AUGUGUGGCAAAGUUGCAUGUUAAUGAUGCUAAAUUGAGUUGAAUUUCCUAUGAAGGCGGUGGACGACGCUGUGGUGGUCGGCAUUAAUAACCGCAUUGGUUUACAUUGGCUUCGGGCGUAUGUGGUAAUUAAAAAUGGCCAUACAAUCGCCCAUGAAAACAACCCUGAUUAUAAGCACUUGGAGGGAGAAGUGGAGUUUGUAGACUACAUUCACACCACAUUAAUCGGCAAUAGUGUGCGAAAGUAUUGCAAAGAAUCGAGUGAUAUACUACAUAUGGUCAAGUGA